AUGUCCCCAAGGAACUCCCAUGCCACCUCUGGCCCAGGUGCAGGGACAGGAAAGCCCAGUGCAAGCCCCGCCGACAGGGACAACACCACUGGUAUUGGGACCGCCAGUGCUACCAUUAGCACUGACAAUACCGCCUCUGGGACCACCAUCCUUGGCACCACCGUCCUCGGCAACACCACCGGUAGGACCACGGCUGCCCCCGCCGCCCCAGCCGCUGUGGACAGCGCCACCGGUGCCAGGUCCAUCGCAGCCAGCAGGGCAAGUGCGGGCAUCAUCUGCAGCAGCCCGAUCGACUCGAGGCCGGCCAAGGGGGGCAAGGAAGGUGCAGACAGGACGAGGUGGAAGCGCGGCAGCAACCGCAGGACCAUCGGGGCCACCGGCAGGCCAGUCCGCAGUGCCAGCCAGCCGAGCAGGGUCAGCGAAAGGCGGGUUGACAAGAGGACGGUCAACAAGAGGAAGGCCCAGAGGAGGGGCGGCAAGAGGAGGGAGACCAGCACCACCAUUGACACGACCAACCCGAUCUUCUCGGAUCUGGAUUCGGUCGUAUCAGCACCCUCGGCUCCACCACCCAACCUCCAAGGCGUCCGGCUCUUCAUCCUGGCACGGGCACACAGAUACGCCGCAGACCCUGCUGCGACUGAUCUGACGCUGGAUCAGGCGGUGAGGGAGUUUGUGUCGCUCUUCUCGGCCGACACUGACAUCGACCAUGUGCUCACGGACGAAGUCAUGGAGGUGCUGAGCCGGCGGUUUGGCGGACCGGUGUUGUCGGGCGGUUCUGGCGGCGCUGGGGAUCGGAGCCCGACACUGCCGCGGAUUCGGGACACGGUAGUGCGGCAGGUUCUCGAGGACCGGCUCGCCGACAGGCACGAGGCGGAAAGGCGGGCGCGGCCGGACACUUAUACCCCAUAUCGGCAGUGUUCGUGUCGUGUCUUGCCGUUGCCUUGUUGGCAGUGCGGUUAUGGCCAUUCUCAUGAGGGUUCGUGA